AUGGUCAAGGAUAGCACGCCCAGCGAUGCUGAUGUCAUCUUCAACCGCGCGAAUGUCGCUCUUGCCCGCAGUCAGCGUCUGGUCCAGUCAUGGCUGCCGACAAAAUCCACUGAAGACGCGGCGCACCACAAGACCCAUCAAGACUUGUUGAAGGAAGAUGAGGAACUGUUCAAAUCCACACCAGAGCUCCUUGGACUUGGCGCCACCGCCCCCGACACCGAUCAAGACCCUCUGCUCAGGAAGAGAUCCGGUGCCAACAAUGACAGGCUGCUGGAGCAGUUACUAGGCAAGAAGGCCGCUAGAGGCCACAGGGCCACUUCCAAACCCCAGCCAGCUCAGAAGCCGCUUCCCUCGCAGCCAUCCGCUCCAGAUCAGCUUAACGCCGACGAAGACGAUGAGGACGACGAGGGCAGAGCCACCAUGGUCGCCUCUAACUCUGCAUUGAAGAGAAAGGCGGCCGCUCGACCUGCCUCUCGAACCGCUGCCACCACUUCACAAAAGGGUUCGAAGACUGAGCCAUUAUCAGAAGACGAUGAUGAUGACGCGAGGCCAAGCAAGAAAAGAUCCGGAACAUAUCUAGACCAACUCCUUGCAGAAAAGGCAAGCAAGCAAAAACGGAAGCAACAGCAGAAGAAAGAGUAG